GGCCCCAGAUGCAACCCCCGGGGGGUACUAAUAUAUACUGGGGGGGUCACCCAGGCAGCUAGCAGGUUAGACUUUAGUCCGCUUUAGCGUUGGCGUCCGUGCGGCUGCCCAUGCGGCUGCCGGCGGCAGUGCGCGGUGCGUGUGGGCGUCCGAGCACCCAAGCGGCCCUCGGCAACUUCAAGUUUCUUCAAGUUUUUGCGCGCAGGUGCAAAAUUGGCCGUGAAUGACGGCAAAAAGUUUAGCAAUUUUAGUCGCCGCGCGAAAAUCGAAGCCUCCACGCGACACGUCUCUUUCAGUGCUCUCUCCACCCCUCCCGCGGUCCCGGAACGAGUAAAAAAUUUUACUUUAUAAAAA